AUGGCCGAAUUAGUGGGAACCAUCGUGGGCGUGGUGUCGCUGGGGCUGCAAGUAUGUUCCGGCAUCAACGUCUACCUCGGCGGGAUCCAAGGUCGCAAAGAAGACAUCGCAUCCACCGUUCGACACUGCAAGACCACCGAGAUUCUGCUGAAGCAGACGGAAUCCAUCCGCGGACGACUCGCCUCGUUACCUAGUGCGAACACGGCAGCACUUCAGGAGAACAUUUCAGCGGCAAACACCGAGCUGUCACUUCUGGAAGCGUACGUGAAGAAGAUCCGCAUUGAAGCGCCUCCGGUAUCGUCCAAGUCUGUCGUGGCGAAGUUCAAAGAACAGGAGAAGAGGCUGCUCUACCCCUUCCGCAGGGAUCACCUGAAUCUCCUUGACAGCCGACUGGAGAGGGCGAACGAGGCGCUGCAAGGUGCCCUGCAUCUUGCCGGACUCGAGGUAUCGUUCGACAGCAACGACUCCCUCCGAGGGAUGGAGACGACCCUGGGCACACUAGCACAGGGAUUCUCCGAGACGAGCGUGGAGAUGCGAACUUCCAUCGUGGAGCUGAGGGAAACAACCAUGCUGUCACGGCAAGACAACCAGGCCAUCAUGGAGGGCAUCGCUGAACUGGCCUCCAUGAUGAGCGCAUUGUCUUCUUCCGGCGCGGGAGCGCUUUUGCCAAGAAUGGUGUCGAAGCCGGACACGCUGAAGAGGACGAUACUCUCAGCAUCUACCCCGAAUCGUACUGCCGUUGCAACGCCCGCCGAGUCACACGACACAGGAAACACCAAUUCGGCCCAGCUUUCAUCUUGA